CCCGUGUAUGCGCACAAUGUGAGUCUCCGCUCAGAGGCAGCGCUGUCCUCUGUGCUUCUUGGCAGCAUCUUGUGGAAGUGCAGUUGGAGGAGGUCGCGGAACACUCGGCUCUGCGCGUAUCGUCCUCGGCCGGCAAAUGUACUUAUGAUUGUGGGAAUUUACCGAGAGCACAGCUUACUGUUAGUCCCAUCCAAGCGAGCAGAAUUAAGUGCAGAGCGCAAACACUGCUGGAGCAGAGGGCAUCCUCUCUUUUUUGUUCUUGCUUUUUAAGAGGACAGGAGUUACUGUGAAAAAAAGGAAAAGAAAGAAAAUGAAAUAACGUGUGUGAAACAACGCGUCUGACGGAUAGUGGGAUUACAAUCACAGCAGUUUAAUGAAGAGGAAAAAAUCUGCAUCCUAGGACAAAUUAAAAUUCUUGUAUUCAAGCGAGAGCAUUCCAUUCACAAGUAAUUGGAUGAGAGUCUACUUAGCCCUCGGCAACUAAAGAUGAUGCUACCAUGGAAACAAAUUGUUCUGCUAUCAAUCACCGGAUGCCUUGCAGCCUGUACAGAAGAUGUCAUAUUUCAAGGGCCAAGAUGGAGGACGGAGCCAAGUGACCUCAUUUUACCAAUCAACUCCCCAGACCACCAGGCUACCAUUACGUGUGAGGCAGAGGGGAGCCCUCCUCCACAGUACAGAUGGUCACUAAACGGAACACUCAUUGAUCUUGGGAAUGACUACCGGCGUCACAUGUCUGGGGGCAGCCUGAUCAUUAGCAACCUGGACAAGGACCAAGACACCGGGGUGUACCAGUGCACAGCUUUCAACAUGUGGGGGUCCAUACUCAGCCGCAGAGCCAGCCUUCAAUUUGCAUACCUGGAUAACUUCAAAACUCAGUCAGUGAGGAGUGCUGUCAAUGUGCGUGAAGGCCAAGGAGUGGUUCUUUUAUGUGGACCACCGCCACAUUCUGGAGAGCUGACAUUUGCGUGGAUCUUCAAUGAAUACCCUCACUUUGUCCAACAAGACAGUCGGAGAUUCAUCUCUCAAGAGACAGGGAGCCUGUACAUCGCCAAAGUGGAGCGCUCAGAUGUGGGCAACUACACCUGUGUGGUUAACAACACUGUCACAAGGGAGAAGAUCCUCAGCUCUCCCACACCACUGGUCCUCAGAAGCGAUGGAGUAAUGGGUGAAUAUGAACCCAAAAUAGAAGUCCAUUUUCCCGAUUCAGUUCCAGCUGCGAAAGAAUCAGCGGUGAAACUGGAAUGCUUCGCUUUGGGAAACCCCGUCCCAGAAAUAAGCUGGAGGAGAACGAGCGGCGUCCCUUUCCCCAGCAAAGUCAAAAUGAAGAAUUCAAAUGCCGUCCUGGAAAUCCCUAAUUUCCAGCAGGAGGAUGCGGGGACGUACGAGUGCAUGGCGGAGAAUCGCAGAGGCAAAAAUGCUGCACGGGGUCGUAUUUCAUUCCACGCUAAACCUCACUGGCUCCAGACGAUGGCAGACACAGCUCUUUCCAUAGAGGGAAACCUCUUCUGGGAAUGUAAGGCCAAUGGAAAGCCUAAACCAUCCUACAGCUGGCUGAAGAAUGGGGAGCAAGUGAUGGCUGAUGGCCGUGUACAAAUUGAAAACGGAGCCCUUUCUAUAUCUUCGUUAAACCGUUCCGAUUCUGGGAUGUAUCAGUGUGUGGCUGAAAACAAACAUGGAAUUAUUUAUUCCAGUGCCCAGCUAAUGGUGUUAGCUUCACCUCCUACUUUCUCCAAAAGUCCGCUAAGGGCCUUGCUAAAAGCUCGCUCAGGCAGCGAAGUCACUCUUGAAUGCAAGCCUCAGGCCUCACCCCCAGCAAUUAGCCUGUGGAAGAAAGGGAAUGAAAUCCUGCAGAGAACUGAAAGGAUUGCUUUGCUUCCAGAUGGAACAUUAAAGAUUGCCAAUGUAACCAAACGGGAUGCAGCUAGCUACACGUGUAUCGCUAAGAAUCAGUUUGGGACAGCAAGCACAACAGGAAGACUGAUUGUCACUGAGCCCACCAGAAUCACCAUGAGGCCUACUAACAUGGAGAUUAUUGUUGGCGAGAGCAUCGUGUUACCCUGCCAGAUUGCCUCCGAUCCAGCUCUGGAUGUCUCUUUCUCGUGGGCAUUCAACGGCCAGCUCAUCGACUUCCAGCGAGACAGCGAUCAUUUUGAAAGAGUGGGUGGGAGCAUAUCAGGGGAUCUGAUGAUUCGUAACAUCCAGCUGAACCACGGUGGGAAAUAUGUCUGUGUUAUUGACACUGACGUGGAAAGCCUGUCCACCUCUGCCAUUUUGGUCGUCAAAGGUCCCCCAGGUCCUCCGGACAAGGUAUCAGUGGAGGAAAUCACAGACAGUACAGCACAGUUAUCCUGGACUCCCGGAAGGGACAAUGGCAGCCCCAUCACCGGCUACAUCGUCCAGGCUCGAACUCCUUUUACCGUGGGCUGGCAGGCUGUAGACACAGUGCCAGAGGUGGUCAAUGGUAACAUGCUGACAGCCACGGUGGUGGGUCUGAAUGCGUGGGUGGAGUACGAGUUCAGGGUGGUGGCACGCAAUGCUGUAGGGCUUGGUGAGCCUAGCCCGGCCUCAGCCAAGACCAGGACGGAGGAUGCAAUUCCUGAUACAGCUCCCACUGAUGUUGGAGGUGGAGGCGGCACAAAGUCUGAAUUAGUGAUAACAUGGGAGCCUGUGCCCGAGGAACUGCAGAACGGAGAGGGCUUCGGCUACAUCAUCGCCUUCAGGCCUGUGGGCACGGUCACGUGGACGCGAGCGGUUAUCUCCACAUCCGCGGCACGUUACGUCUUCCGAAAUGACACCAUCCCACCCUUCUCACCUUUUGACGUCAAAGUGGGGGCAUACAACAACCGAGGCGAGGGGCCCUUCAGCUCUAUCGCCGUCGUGUACUCGGCAGAGGAAGUCCCCAGUGUGGCUCCUAAGAGGGUUAGGGCUAGAAGUGUGUCUGCAGCACAAAUUGAAGUGAGCUGGGAAGCUCUUCCCACCAUCCCUGAAAGAGUGCUUGGAUAUGAGGUCAUGUACUGGGAAGAUGACACCAAGCCUGACACUAUUGGCAAAGUGCGCUUAUCUGGAAACUACACGCUGGUUAAUAUCACGGGGCUGAAAGCAAAUACGGCGUACUACCUGUCUGUGGCUGCUUUCAAUACGGCUGGCCCUGGGCCACAGUCCGCGCCCAUCAACAGCACCACAAAGAAACCACCUCCAGAUCGGGCUCCGCUCAACAUACAAUGGAACAUGAUUGGCUCAACACUUACGCUGCACUGGAACCCUGUAGUAGCCAUGGAGACAGAGUCAAAGGUCACUGGGUAUUUGGUGCUGCUGAAGAGACAUCGCUACAAUGACAUCCUUACUGUCUUGACCAACCGAACCACUGCUGAGCUCAGCCUCUCAGCCAAUGACAACUAUCUCAUUCAGAUCAAAGCCGUGAGCGAGGGCGGCGAAGGUGUGGGAAGUGAGCCUAUCCACAUCCAUAAAUUAAGUAUGGGAGCGCGGGGCUCGGGCGCGAGUCACCUCAGCCCGCUGUGUCACUCUGCAGUCCUCAUCGUUGCUCUGCUCCAUCUGGUGAUCUUUAAUCACAGCCGAUGGAGCGCUCUCCCUCUCUCCCCCUCCAUCCCUUCAGUCAGCCUGUCCUAUGUUAACCCUCCACUGGACUGGCACAAGGCCCGGGUUUCAGCGGCUGGACUGGGAAAGGCUGGAAAAGAGCGGACUGCGCCAAACUCUUAAAGAGACCGUGCCACUUCUUCUUAAAGGACCAUCAGAUAGAGAUGUGAUGAUUUGCGUGCAUGAAAUCUUUUGGUAUUUUUUAUCCAGUGUCAUAAGUGCCACCGUGCUUUAGGUUUCAUUUUAGAAGUUCUGAUGUCUACAUGACUUAUCUUAGUAUCUUUGGAGAUACUAAUGCCUUAAAACCGACUUUACAUAUAUAGUCCAUACCAAAGUAGGUAACAGAGGCUGCUUGUUUUAACCUAUAAGAAAAAAAGAAGUUAUUGUCUCAGCAAAUUGAUAUAAUAUAAUGAUAGAUUGCAUCCAUACUUGAUCAUCUCAGAAGUCAUUAAAACCACACUUAUCCAGUAUUUGUGCAGCCUUUUCCAACAGAAACAUCCAUUGCAGGCUUAAAGUUCUACAAGGUUUUGUCAAAUGUGUGAAAGAUGAAUAGCCAACUGAUCAACUGUGUCCAAAUCCCACUGAACCUGUGCACUGAAAUAAACUUAAGACUGUUCAAGAGCCAUAGGCUCCUGAGCUAAGUUCCCCCUCCCAGUACUCUGAUAGAUCGUGGCAUUUUGCUGUCUGUUUCAUGCUCCUCUAAAUAAUGAAUGCCUAUCCGCAUUUUCAGCCUAGCAAAAAAAAAAAAGCCCAGAUUCCAGAGAAUAGAGACGUUUGGUAUUUUAAUGUCGAGCAGAUCCCAUGUGUACUGUUCCUCCUCUACAUUUAGACGACCUGUAUACUAGAUCUGUUCAUCGUAACGAGAGCAUGUGCAUCUACACCCCAGAUGACCAGCUGGCCCGGUGCACAGUGGACUUUGGGAUAACAGUGCCUUCGGUAGAGGUAUAUUCAUUUCUUUUCCUCUUUCUUUCCUCUUCAGAGAGCUUAGAAGAGAGACUCGUGUUGCAGCAGAGGCAUUGUUUGCUUUUCUUUCCUGCAGAAAUUAGUUAGAAAGGACAGGAAACUCGGCAUGUAGAAGAACCCAUUAUCGGAAAUGGUAUGUUGAUUAAAUUUUCAUUGAGACACCGGAGCACCUACGACAAAAGGGGGUUGGAAGCUUUAGGAAAGCCGCAAUGGAUUGAGAUAUAUGACGGAAAUUUUGGUCUCAGUAUUUAUGGUCUGUGGUAUAAUAAAUGUAUGACUCCAUCCGUAGCAUAAUUUAUGGGCUAUUAAGGUAUCAGAAUAAUUGAUGCGAAUACCGUGGUGAAAGAGCCCUGACUGGAAAUGGAGCAAAAGGCAUGGCUGUCAUUUUACCCCCACCUCAUCGCUGUCGGUUGGACACAUACCAAGCUGAACAUUAACAAAGGAACAUUGCUGCUCUGCUGAGGGAGCUACUUUUCACGCCUUUUUAUCAUGUGGAUGAGUCUGUCAAAAGCCACCCAAGUAAAAGCCGAGGUGUGAUUGCUGGGGUCCUGACAAUGUUCACGUGGAAGGAUAGAGUCAACCCAACUGCUACACAUUACUGUGCCUUUGCCGAACACGGGGCUGCGUACGGUUAUUAGCUAGAGACUGUCAUCGUCUGCAUUUUGCACUCUUUACUCCCCCUCCCUCCCUAAAGUCCCCACCCCAAAGUCGAAUGAAAGCACAAGGAAUUGAUGCAAGGUGACUGGAUGUCCUCACUUAAACGUCUGAGCAGGUGUGCGGACCCCAGCGGCCUCGUAAAAAAAGUCCAAACGGCCGACAUAAUCAGGCUGUCCUAUCCGCUCCUUGACUGGUUUCAUAAAGCGCUGCGCUUGUUGAUUAGACUGCUGCAGACCAGUCAAUGGGAUAUUGAUUUUCCUGCCCCAUUAUUACAGCCGUCACAAUUCAGCUGCUUGAUUGACUGAUGGCCGUGUUCUUAUUGCACUUGUUCCGUUGUGUUACAGUCAGUGAUGUUUCAGAUGUCCUCCACUACUUUUCUCCCUAUCGGAGGACUUCAAAGACAUUCUUUUUAUUUUCUGUUGUUGUUGUGUUUUGGUUUGACUAGAAAUCACUGUAUUUGCUCCGCUUGUAGCGUAGUUGUAGAUUGUGACUUUGAAUUGGAGCGGUGACCUGAAAUUGAUUAGCUGGUUUAUUCUUUUGAGUUGCACAUCAAAACAAACCCUGUCGUGCUCCAGCAGCAGUACUACUGUAUCUUUCUUUCCAAGAGCAGAAAGGCCCGGUCACACCAGCAUUUAAAACGGUGAAAUUUCACUUCCAGAGCAGUUCAGGCUUGCUUUGAUCAGUGCAGUCACUUUUCUUGCCUCGAGUUAAACAUGGGUGAAUUUUUGGUGGCAUUGCUUACAGCAUAAGAAUCCAAAUAGGGGGAGCUAGCCUGGCUAAUUUACUCUGCUCCACUAUCAACUUUUAUUUAACUGCAGUAUGUUUAAGUGUAUCCUGCUCAACAAAAGAUCUGUUUCUGUGAGUUUCAGUGGUGCGAAUCCUCUCUCUUGCAUAAACUGUGUGUCCUUAAUGUCCCAUUAUGACAGUACUAAUGACCUGGCAGUUUGCAAUCUAGCUAUUUUUUUUCCCCCCGGUUGGAGCUAAAUUGGAUGAGCCGGCUAAAUACGUUUGUGAUUUUAUCUGAUUUAAAGCAUAAAUGGAUUCAGCAGGCAUGUGCACCCACCAAAGCAAGGAAUGGUUUGUGAAAAUGGAGAAAAUAGUCCAAGAACCCACAGUAAAACCGAUGACAAUGCCUGGUUUGUCCAGCCAACUAUAAAAAUAUCACACUGGCUGGAAUGAAAAGUAAUUAAGUUUUCAUGUUAAAAAGAGCAGUAACCAUGAAAUAUUGCAUUUUGCAUAUUAUGCAUUUUGUUGCAUAAACUUUAACUCAUGUUAUGUACAUGUAUACUUUUGAAGUGCUGACCUUUUUUUUUCACAGCUCUUCACUAGUCUGCUUUGAUUGUCAGGCAAGUCUUUAAUCAUAUAUGUCUCCCUCUGGAGCCAAUCUAGUGCCAAACCUUUUCUUUUUUCUUUUUCCAUUUGGUAAGUCUUCGCUGAGUGAAUCCUGGGAACAAAAUAACAGCGUGGAAUAAAUAACCCAGUAGACAGAAAGCAGAAGGAUUUAAGAGCCCUAGCUCUAGCGUGGUCCUAACUCUACAGUAUGUCCAGUAAUUCACAAACUGGCCAGUCAAGCUGUGGAGCCUGUUUUAUGAAUUUGGUGUGCAGUUUUCUGGUGUGACCGGGCCUCGAAGCAGCUUGCGUGUUUCUGAGUGGUGUUAAUAUUUCCAUUAAUAUCCAAAUAAGGUAACCUCAUCGCCAGAUUGCAGGCUAAAAGGUUAUUAAUUUACGGUACGAAAUUAUGUGGCAGUUUCUCAAACUGCCUUUUAUUUACAUAGACGUAGUUGAGCCUAAUGUGUAACGUCUGCUCAUGUUCACAUAAGAUAAUUAAAGUAUUGUUUCUGGCCUUGUGCUAUAGAAAAAUACUACAAAGUACAAUCUGAAGAAAGUAAGUAAAGGGAUUAUUGGAGUGGCUGAAAUGUAUUGAACAAAGAGCAACAACAUAUCUAUUUAUAUCCAUUCAGUCAUUUCAGUCAGUUUGGUUUUUUGUGGUUGUUGUUGCUAGAAGUGCACCAGGUCCAGUGUAUAUAGCUUGCAUAUAUUUCUUUUUUAAAUAUGGCCAUCAAAGACAACCUUACUGCUUUUCUAUAGUGUGUUCUCUGACCUUAAUACUGGUGUAUUAAUCAUUGAUCUCUGUGAGAUACUGACAUGUAGAAUGGCAUUUUCAUAUUGAAAAGUAACUGUACUGUCUUGUAUACUAAAAUUGUGCAUGUUAAUCAUUGUUUGUGAAUUUGUGUUGAGUUUUUUUCUAAAACUAUAAGUUAAUAAAAAUGUUUAUUCCA